CCCUUCGGCUGGCGAGGAGGGCUAAAGGAACUACAAUACCCACAAGGCUCCGCAUCUCCCCCGGAAGUACUUCCGGUUGGCCUUGUGCUGUGAGGCCGAUGCGCGGUUUGGUAGGCGACGAUUGGAGAGCCGGAGCCGUGCUGGUUUGAGAUUGGUAAAUUGCUAUCAGCCCCUCCUCGAGACCCGGAAGUAAUCUCCGGUUGGGUCGUGUGUAGCGAGGAACGGGAGUUUUGGACGCGCGAUUAGCUGUUCCACUGCUGGCGGCCUGAGUCCCAAGCUCCCCGCGCUCAUCAAAGGACUGACCCAUUGAGGACGUGGAGGCCGAGGGAUCCCCGCUGCUUCCCGCCACCUAAGCUGUACCUCAUGGAGUCUACAUUCAGCAGCUCCGCUGAGGCAGCGCUGCAGCGGGAGGCGGGGGCCGCCGGGCUGCUCACGCCUCUCGCGGACCUGGACCGAGUGUACGAGCUGCAGCGAGUCGUCGGGUUUGUCCGUGACCUGGCGUGCCAGCGGGUGGCCUUGCAGUUCCCCGACCAACUGCUGGGAGAUGCUGGGGUUGUGGCUGCACGACUGGAGGAGGCCACCGGGUCGAAAAUGUUCGUUCUGGGGGACACAGCCUAUGGCAGCUGCUGUGUGGAUGUGCUGGGUGCGGAGCAGGCGGGAGCUCAGGCCCUUGUGCAUUUCGGCCCCGCCUGCUUAAGCCCUCCAGCCCGCCCGCUGCCCGUGGCCUUCGUCUUCGGUCAGCGUCCUGUGGCCUUGGAGCUCUGCGCCCAAGCCUUCGAGGCCCAGAACCCGGACCCCACCGCCCCUGUGGCGCUGCUGAGCGAGCCGGCCUGCGCCCACGCCCUGGAGGCCUUGGCCACUCUCCUUCGCCCACGGUACGCGGACCUGCUUGUCGCCAGCCCAGCUCUUCCCCUGCCAUCGGGCUCCCUCAAUUCAGAGCCUGAACCCCUGCAGCGUUUUGGGCGUCGCUUCCCCCUGGCCCCAGAAAGGUGUCUGGAAGAGUAUGAUGCUUUCUAUGUGGGAGGCUCUGGGGCCAGCUCUGACCCUGACCUUGAUCCUGACCUGAGCCGGCUGCUCUUGGGCUGGGCACCAGAGCGGUCCUUCUCCUCCUGCUGCCCAGACACAGGGGGGACCCGUGAUGAAGGUGCCCGGGCUGGGCGGCUAAGGGCACGUAGACGAUAUCUGGUAGAGAGGGCCAGAGACGCUCGCGUGGUGGGGCUGCUGGUGGGCACGCUGGGCGUGGCCCGACACCGGGAGGCACUGGCACACUUGCGGAACCUGACUCGGGCUGCCGGCAAGCAUAGCUAUGUGCUAGCUCUGGGGCGGCCCACACCUCCCAAGCUUGCCAACUUCCCUGAGGUGGAUGUCUUUGUGCUGUUGGCCUGUCCUCUUGGUGCCUUAGCUCCCCAGCCUCCUGGUGGCUUCUUCCGGCCUGUAUUGUCACCAUGUGAGCUGGAGGCUGCCUGCAACCCUGCCUGGCCAUCUCCAGGCCUGGCUCCCCACCUCACACACUACGCAGACUUGUUGCCUGGCUCUUCCUUCCACGUGCCCCUCCCGCCACCUGAAUCGGAACUGUGGGACAUCCCAGACGUGUCACUCAUUACUGGGGAGCUUCGACCCCCGCCUGCCUGGAAGCCAUCAAAUGAUCCUGGAUGCUCAGCCCUGACCCCACGGCCUCAGCUGGAGCUGGUUGAGAGUAGCCCCGCAGCCUCGUUCCUUAGUUCUCGGAGCUGGCAAGGGCUGCAGCCUCAGCUGGGUCAGACACCAGUGACAGGAGUCGUAAGCGGAAGACGAGGAAUUGCCAUCGCCUAUGAGGAUGAGGGAAGCAGCUGAUACCCUGUGGGGCCGGAGACACAGAUGAACUUAAGGAUCGCUGCUGACUCUUCCGGUCCCAGGUGCUGCAGGCUUCUGUGCAGAUAUGGCCAAGCCCAGGAACCACACCAUGCACAGCCAGUUCCGAAAAUGGCACAGAAAAGGCAUCAGGAAGGAAAUAGAUCCAAAGUUCCUGAGAAACACACGCUUUGCCAAAAAGCACAACAAGAAGAGGCACGUCAACAACACUCAUGCCAUGAGCACACGUGCCAGGGCUGCCAAGGCCUUCGUAAAGCCCAAGGGAGUCAAGCUGAGAUCCCACAGGGGCAGCUGCAAGCUCAGUCACCUUGUCUACAUCGUUCACCCCAAACUUGGGAAAUGUGCUUGUGUCCCCGUCACUAAGGGUCUCGGGUACUCCUGGCCAAAGGCCAAGGCAAGGCUUAAACCAAGCCUCGGGCUUAGGCUCCCAAAGGUGCCCAGACCCCCAUAAAGGCUCCACAGGAGAGGAGGCCUCUGUCUGCUGAU